GAUUUUUAUCGCGGGGGUGUUGAUUACUGCCCAGAGGGACUCGGCAGUAGUGAUUCUGGGGGAAGAGCGGGGCGUUUAGAAGGUGAAAUGGAGGUUCACUUAAGUUCUUAGUUCUUAUAUUAUCGUGGGUUCCUCUGGUGAUUUAUAUUUGGCAUUUCUACUAUAUAUAGAGAGGAAAAUCCCUUAGAACUUUAUGUAUCUUCGUACCGUACAAUAAUCUUUCAAGCUAGACGCAACAUUAGUGUUUCUCAUCGAUGAAGAACGUAAUUUUUUUAGGAAGAUUCUCUCUACUUUAUCAUAACAAAGAUACGGAUUAUCUUAGAAAACAGUCGGAAUCAUUGCCACAAUAAAAAACAAUUGAAAAAUCAAACCUCUCCUGGAUGCCUGGCGAGUCUGAGUCCUCCACCUCCAUCUCCACGUAUUAUCAACAACAAAUUAACAUCAAUUAUUCACAUGACAAUGUAAACAAUGGCCAAAAGUCACAUGUAGCUCUUCCGAUUGCCAUUUUGAAUAUCUUCAGGUUAGGUUAGCCGGUGUGCCCCCCUCCAUCAAAUCAAAUCGAUUUUAGCUGGUGGCUAACUUCAGUUUGUGUUUCUCGAAAACAAAAACCUCAAACUUAACCUCUUAGACGCCUGUAAAUGCACUGAUAAAAUUGGGAAAUAUUAUUUUUCCGGGUGAUUGAGUGAAAAUGAGUGAAUCGGUGGGUGUUGCAGAGAUUGUAGAGAGGAAUGGCGACGCAGGACAGGCUUCGUUCAAUGGAGAAACGGAUGAUCAUCUUCAGAAGUCACCAGGAAGCACAGAGGACAAGGCCCCAGAACGAGUUGGACAAGACUCUGUGUCAGAGAACCCCUCGAAGAAAUCCACUCCAACCUCAGGGAGUGCAAGUCGCUCCAAAAAAAGGAAGAAAGCCCCGAGAGAUGCGACAGCCCCUAAGCAACCUCUUACCGGUUACUUCCGAUUUCUCAAUGACCGGAGGGAAACGGUGAGGGCGGAGAACCCCAGCAUGUCCUUCGCUGACUUGACGAAACUCCUGGCUGCCGAAUGGAGUUCCCUCCCGGUCGAACAAAAGCAACAGUACCUUGAUGCUGCUGAGCAGGACAAGGAGAGAUACAACAAAGAAUUUAGUGAUUACAAACAGACUGAGGCUUACAAGUUAUUCACGGAAAAACAAAGCAGUGAAAAAUGCGGAGAGGGGAAGAAGGAGAGGAAUGGAACUGCUGAGAAUAAUGAACCUGUGGAACCACCGACUCCGGAGAAAGACGCAGAUUUCUCUGGCUUCGAUAUUCCGAUCUUCACCGAGGAAUUUCUCGAUCACAAUAAAGCCUGCGAGUCUGAGCUACGUCAGCUCAGGAAAGCCACUUCUGAUCACGAAGCACAGAAUGCUGUGCUCCAACGUCAUGUAGAUAGCCUUCACGCAGCUGUCAAUAGACUAGAGUCUGAGACAAAUCAACAGAGAACUGCCAAUCAAUCGUUACAGCGGCAUUUGGAUGCUCUCAGGGGACAGCUAGCUGGAUGUUUUGCUAGUAUUCCUCUUCCAGGGAUGAAUGAGGGAGCAACACCUCAAAAUAUCGAUAACUACGUUGAAAAACUGGAGACAUUGCUGAAUGGAAAUGCAGAAGUGUCUCUUCGGAAUGCCCUACGAUCAGCAGUCUCUCGUCUAGAAUUACUGGGAUGACGAUCACCCACGGGUGCCACUGGAACAUCACCACCCAAGCAUCGUUCUCGUCAUUCCCAUCGAAAAUAAUUUUACUUCGAAUUAAUUUUUUAAAAAUCAAAACACUAUUCAUAAUUCAUUGAUUUUGUAAAAUCGAACCUCCAAAAGCUUUUAUUUACAUCAUUACCUCCAAGUACUUGGGAUUUACAAGUUGUCAGUCAGACGUUCUCAGUCGACGCAAACAAUAAUUACAUUACUUACAUAAGAAACUUAAAUUAAUUUAAUACAAACGAAUAAACAUUUUCCUAAAGACUAA